UGUUUUGUUUGACAUCUAAACAUCUUGCGUGAACGUUGAACGAUAGUAUAAAAUAAUAAAACUGUUCAGAAAAUAAUUUUAAAGUUAAAAAACUUUGAAUAUAUCUUAUUAUGAGUAAAGAAAUAAACCGGCGCAAAGUAACUCCCGUCGGUAACUCUUGGGUAAUAUGUAAAUCGAAAUCCCAUCCAGGACAUGUGUAUUAUUUUAAUAGUUUAACUGGGCAAGCAGCGUGGAAUCUUAGCGAUGCGGAGAUUGAAAAGGCAAAGCAGACAACGACUCGUCUUGAACAGUUGCCAGGUGCUGAGCUUGCAUGUCCAGAACCAAAAGAUAAACCACCAAGCUCUUCGUCAAAUGCCGAACCGACUCAACCAGCCCUUAAGAAAAGAAUCCCACCUUUCACUAAUUCUCAAAUGAAUAUAAUGCCUGAACAAUCAUCAUCACUUUUGGCGAAUUUGAAUAUUCCUCUGAACCAAAUGACAAGUAUAUUACAAGGCACACAACUUACUAAUAAUUCUUCACUAGGCCCUUUUUGUAAUAUGAAUUUGUUAAAUAACCCCACACCUACUAUAAAUUUGAAUAAUGGUACUCCUAUGUUUAAUCCUAAGGUUUGGGCAGUACCCCAAGCACAACAAAUUUUCUUACCAACACCAAUAGCUCCUAUUGUAAAUCAAGGUCCUAAUUCCUUGAAUGGGAUGUACAACAACUUGGUAGAAUCUACAGGACUAAUUUUGGAUAAUUUAAACAAUGCAAGUUCUUCAAGUAAUUACAUAGGGUCACAUGCAUUCAACGCAAGGGAUUUGAAGUACAGAAAAGGAUUCCAGCAGCCUAUUAACAAGAAACCUGGAUUUACACACAAGAAAGAUCUGCGACAAAUGUUAUCUUUUAAGAAUAAGUUUCAAAGAAAACCUGGAGGACCUGGUGCUCACAUAAACAGUAGCAAAUUUGGAAACCAUUCUAAUGAUUUUCAGAACAGAAUUGCAAAUAAGGAUAAUAAAUGCAUGGAUUCACAAACACUGGAAGAUUCUUCAAAGAUUGAUGUUACACCUCUGAAGAAUUUGGCACCUGUGGAUUGCAUUUCAGAUGAUUGGUUCAUUGUGAUGGAUUUGGAAGUUUUACUAAAUGAGUUCAAAUUCCUUAAUACAAUAACAGAUUCAGAUGAAAAAUGUCAUCUUAUGGUUCCAAAAAGGGUUAUUGAGGAACUGAAAACCUAUGUAACUUGUACAGAGAAUAUUCAAGCAAGGCGUAUUUUACGAUUUCUCUCUCAGCAGAUUGAGAUUGGUUAUGCUUUUAUGGCUGAAAAUCCACAUGGAGCAGAAAAAUUGUCAAUGACAGAAGUGAUUGAUGCAACUUGUACUGAACUUCUGAAAAAGAAAUAUCACUUUGUCCUACUCACCAACGAUAAUGAGUUAAUGACUAGAACCUCAUUGGCGUGUAAUAUUCACAUGUUUACUAUAAGCGAAGUCCACAACCUUUUAGGGAUUCAACAAAAGAAACAACCGGUAUUAACGACUAAUGUUCCAAAAACUGUUGUUCCAAAACCAAAAUUGUCCGUAAAUGAACUCCUGAAUAAAAUUAAAAUUACUGUACCGAACAAUUUUCCAUCAAAUCAAGACACUAGUCCUGACAUCGAUACUCAAUACGUCGAUACUAUUGAGGAAGAUGUAAAAACAAAACCAAGACAAGAUGAUAUAACAGAAGAACCAGUGUUAUCGAAACAAACUGUUGAUACUGGCAUUCAGACAGAUUUUGAAGAUAUCACAUCUAAUAGCAGUGUUUCAAAAGAAAAUGAAGAGUUAAAUAGAGUAUCGAAUAAAAUUGAUAUCAGAAAAGAAGUAGUUAUAAGACCUCCUGAGACUUCAGUCGUCGUAAAUGUCUCAGAUAAAAAGAGAGCAAUCAAACUUAAACGCAGUGCAUCUAAUCAACCACCAGUAAAUUCUUACGAAAAGAGGCAAUGUAAAUGGCGCAGGCGACAUACUACUCCUCAACCGAAUAAACAAAUACCCCCUCAUAAUAAUGAAAAUAUAAACGAUAAAGAAUUGGAAGCAAAUACUUUGUCUAAUGAUAACCUCAAAGAACAUGAAGAGCCAUCCAAUGACGAUCCUGCAUCUGAAAGCACAGACAAUAGAGUUAUAAAUGACAGUGUUGAGAGCAGAGAAUCAAGUAUUAUAGCUUAUCCAAGGAAUUCUGUAAGCCAAGAAAAUGUAACUAUCGACGAAACCUCCACAUCUGGUAUUAUAUCCAAUACUGAGAGCAGUGUUGAUGAGCUCAAUCUUACGACUUCAUCAAAUCAAGCACUUCAUAGUAAAACCAACGAUAAUUCCAUGUAUGGAGUUGAGAGUACAACUAUGGAACAAUAUUUGAAAGUGAAAUGUGAUGAAUGGAUAUCUAGAUUUGUCCAGAUUAUGGAAGAAGUUUUAUCCCAAGUAUUACAUCAGGAUCCGCCAUUCUCGAAUUCUAAGAUGCCACCUCCUUGGACAUUACACGAGGCAGCUGUAUGUAUAUCUAUCAAGUUCAGUGAUUAUAAAGUUAUUAAGGAGGCAGCUAACAAAUUGUCCACGAUGAUCUUUCGUGUCAGUGAUGUGAAAGGUAACAUUUCCUUAAACUUGACUGCGUAUCAAUAUAUGCAAAUGUAUAGCUAUGGUAUGCAGUUGCUGGGUGCAUUAAUGGAGGCGGUCUCUAAUAUUGAAGAUAUAAAAAUUGCUGUGGAAUCGUUAAAUACGCUACUACACGAUAUAAAAAAUCCUUGCAUUGACCAUAGUGCAAAUGACAGUUUUAAUGAUAAUGCUCACGAAAUGUCUUCCAAUAAUGAUGCGAUGUCUCAUUCAGAAUUGCCAGAUAAUAAAGACGGCGGCUCAGAAUACGAUCAUGAAAUGAUUGAUGAUAAUGACAAUAUCGCAGAAAUAAAUAAUAAAUCUCCAGUAAAAAGAACAUUAGUCCAAGACGAAUCACCGAAGCAAGUAAAAUUUAUUAGAAAUUUAAACAUAAACCCCUCAAUGUUUAAACAUUUGAACUUUCCAAAAAGUAAUGUAGCAAAAAAUAGUUUGACUGACAAGAGUAAUUUGCAAAGUGAAGAAAAGACAAAUAAUUCUAGAGUAGAAGAAAUAAAUACAGUUGAAACAGCUACCGAGACAAUGGAAAAAGAAAAUAACGCGCCAACCAGUCAGCCGAGUAUUGUGAGGAAAUUCACGGCAUUUCCAGAGUUGGAGAAAAAAUUGCAAAUUAGUAAUAACCUUUAUGAAAAUCACGACGAAGAAUUGGAUUAUGACGAGGAUGAAGAGUAUUUGACAGAGGAGUACUGUUCGGAAGAAGAAACCAAUGGCGAGUUACAUAGCGAUCCCAAUAGCAAAACAUUUGAAGAUGUUGUAUCAAAUGUUGAAGAAACAGAUUCACAUGUAGAACGUGACAUUUUACAAAGAAUCGAUGAUAUUUCUUCAUUCAAUGAAAACAAUAAAAAGUUUAAGUACGCGAUGUAUAUGUUUAUCCAAGAAAUCAAGGAUGCUCUGAGUCAAGUACAAAUUUUAUGUGAGAAAUGUAACAAAGUAUUGGAGAAUCCAGAUGCAUCAACAGAGCUGAGGCUUCAACUGCGAUCUAAGGCUGAAUCAGCUCGUUUACAUAUCACACGUUUAAGUAAAUCUUUAGAAAGUAUGCUGGAUAACGAGACCAACAAUUCAAGUCGCAGUAUGUCCCAAUUAUUGGUGCAAGCUGAAGUAAACUUAUCUGAGGUGGAUACAGAACUACUGUCUAAAUACAGGAGUAGUUUAUCUAAAUGCAAGGAAUGUGCUGACGGCUGUCUCAAAUCCGCACAAGAUAUCGUAUCUCGCCUAAAGUGUAUUUAAUGAAAAAAAAUAAUUUGAAUAAGAUAAAAGUGUCUGGUACUUCUAUGAAUUAUUUGCUA